AUGCUGCCCGCCCGUGAGCCGGAGGUGGCGGCGGCCCCCGCCGUUCCCUAUAGCUACUGCAGCCGGCCCCGCGCCCUGCCCGCCCGCCCGAAGUACCGAGCGCCCCCGGACGCCGCCGAGCCAGGAAAGGAACCUGUUCGUUACGCCAACCUCAUGUAUGACAGGAGAGUGGUGCGUGGCAACACUUAUGCCCUUCAAGUCAUACCUUUCUGUAUACACCAACCCAAUCCCCUUGAGAUUCAAAGGCAGAGGGAAGCACGAAAAAGAGCACUGGCUAGAAAGCGUGCAAAAGAGCAAAUGCAACAAAGAACACCUGAGCCUGUGGAAGGCAGAGAGCACGUUCAUGUGCAGACAGAACUGUAUUUGGAAGAGAUUAGUGACCAGAUAAUAGAGGUUGAUACAGAGUGUCAAACAGAUGCAUUUUUGGACAGACCACCCACUCCACUCUUCAUACCAGCCAAAACGGGAAAAGAUGUGGCCACGCAAAUAGAAGAAGGAGAGUUGUUUGACUUUGAUGUUGAAGUCAAGCCGAUCCUGGAAGUGUUGAUUGGGAAAACAGUUGAGCAAGCUUUGCUGGAAGUCAUGGAGGAAGAAGAGCUGGCCCAGCUGUGGGCACAUCAGCGUGCCUACGCAGAGCUGCGUAACGCAGAGCUUGCUGAAGUACAGCGCCUGGAAGAGCAGGACAGGCGAUACAGAGAGGAGAAGGAACGUCGCAAACUCCAGCACAUGCAAAUGCUGCAGAAACAGAAAGAGACCACAGAUAAAAUUGCAGCUCGGGCGUUCGCUCAGCGUUACUUGGCUGAUCUCAUUCCCUCAGUCUUCAACAAUCUUCGUGAGAGUGGAUUUUUUUAUGACCCUAUCGAAAGAGAUAUUGAGACAGAAUUCCUUCCGUGGCUGAUGACAGAAGUGGAAGAAACACUAGAGAGGAAGGUUUUGGGGAGGACAAUGCUUGACUCCUUGAUUCGUACAGUGGUUGAAAAACGCUUAGAUGCAUUCAGCCAUAAACCUCUGUCUGAUCAGACAGAGGCACCUGCUGAAGAGCCCAGGCCAACAGACGCAGCACCCCAGGUGGCUGGAGAGACAGAUGCUGCUGACCAACCGCUCGCAGAGAAGGAAGAGACUGACCAACCUGUUGCUGAGGAACAGCCUUCACGUCACAUCUCCUUCCGGUUAGAAGAAUCAGAUCAAGCAGGAACAGAGGAUUUGGAAACUGAGUAAC